AUGGAUUAUCGUUACCCAAUUCUUGCAGAUAGCAAGACAUUGCAGCGGCUCUGCGAGACCGCAAGGGCAGAUCUGGCAAUGGUUGACCAGUUUUUCUCAUGGCGCAUUCCGCCAGGCUCAGAGGCUCUUCAGAUAACUGAGAGGCUCUACCCGUGUUUACUGACUCAGAUAAGGCUCAGAAUGGAGAGUGUAAGACUGGAUAUCAUACACAUGGAAGAAGAGUAUAUUCCGUCGUGGUAUCGUAAACAUGGAGACCCACAGCCACGAGAAACUGGCACUAACUUGGUGAAAUCUCCAAUCGGGAGGGCUGCCAUAGACGCCAUCCACCACUUACGUGGAUCGACCAUUCUCUAUACCGCGCUUCGUGAUGCCUAUGGGGGUUACCUUCCCGAAGAGGGCAAGGAGAUGCAGUACUAUUACAAGGUGAUGAAGGCGUUGUUCGCUAUUGCUGAGCGUCACUUGUCGCACAUUCCGCCGGGCUCAGAGGCCCUUGGCGUAGUUGAGAUGCUCUCCUCGGGCUUCCUCUCUGAAAUAGAACCCAGGGUAGAACUAAUGAGACGGACUGCCAAAUUCCUGGAAGAAGUCGCGACUCCGUUAUGGUUAUCGUAA